AUGGAGAUAAUCGAAGGGACUUACAAGGAGCAAUACUCAAGGUUGUGGGAGUAUUGUGAUAAGGUGAAAGCAACUAAUGUUCGGAGCACAAUGAAUAUAAGGGUAGAGUCCCAUCCACAUUUUCAGAGGCUUUAUGUAUGCCUUGAUGCAUGCAAGAAGGGAUUUUUGGCUGGUUGUAAACCCAUCAUAGGAGUUGAUGGAUGCCACUUGAAGGGCCCUUUCUCAGGGCAAUUGUUAGCUGCAGUGGGGGUUGAUGCUAAUGAUAACAUCUACCCCAUUGCAUAUGCUGCUGUUGAGUUGGAAACUAAAGAGACAUGGAGCUGGUUUUUGGAGCUGUUAAUUGGUGAUCUUGGUCCUGUAAGCGACCAUGGAUGGAUAUUCAUAUCUGAUCAACAAAAGGGACUUGACAAAGAAUUUGACAUUGUAGUGCCUGCAGCACAACAUAGGUGGUGUGUUAAGCACAUGUAUGGGAACUUCAAGGAAAAGUUCAAAGGCAAAGUGUUCAAGGAUCUGUUAUGGAGUGCAAUUAGGGCUUCUAACAGGUACGAGUUUGAGGUUGAGAUGAAUAAGUUGAAAGAUUUGAAUUCAGGAGCUUAUGAAUGGUUGAUGGGAAAAGACCUAGAUAAAUGGGCUAGGCAUAGGUUUAGUACUGCUCGUAAGUGUGACAUGUUAUUAAAUAACAUGUGUGAGACCUUUAUUUGCUACAUUUUGGAUGCUCGAGAUAAACCUAUACUAACUAUGCUUGAAAUGAUAAGGUGUAACCUUAUGAAAAGGUUGCAAAUGAAGAGGGAAGCCAUGUCAAAACAUGAUGGGGUCAUUUGUCCUAAAAUUCAAAAGAAGUUGGAACAGAUCAAGAUAAAUUCAUCUAGGAAUUGUAUGGCAACUCAAGCUGGACCCUAUGAAUUUCAAGUGGGGGAGUAUUUACAUGAUCAACAUGUGAUAGAUAUAGCUUCUAAGACAUGUAGUUGUAAGAGGUGGGAUCUUAACGGCAUCCCUUGCAUCCACGAUGUUGCUGCCAUAUAUCUCUAUAGGGCUAAACCUGAAGAUUAUGUGGCUGAAUGUUAUCACAAUGCCACUUACUUAAAAGCUUAUGAGCCAAUCAUCCAUCCUGUGAAAGGCUUUAACAUGUGGCCUAAGUCAACUGAAAUACCACUCUUACCUCCAAUUGUUAGAAAACAACCGGGGAGACCAAAGAGGAGCAGAAAAAAGGAUAUUGAAAUGGAGAAGGGAGUUUAUGCAAAUGGUACCAAGCUCAAGAGGUAUGGGAUUGUGACUUGCACCAAGUGUUGGAAAAAAGGUCACAACAAGAGGAAUUGCUCCAAUCAGCCACAAGACCCUCCACCUGGUACUUACAUUGAUAAAAGAUGGGGUCUUCCCCCCCUCUUUGAAGAAAAGGAGACCUAA